AUGCAACAAAACUUUUUCCCAAUGACUUUAACCUACCCUCUGGAAGUGCUUUUUCCCAUCCACUCAUAUCAAAGCCCUUUGUUGACUGAAUUUUGGGGGCUUGUUUCACCAAAUUUUGAUAAAUUGUCCGCAAGAAAGCGGCAAUUAUGCUUGUCUUUUAAAAAUGCAACAAAACUUUUUCCCAAUGACUUUAACCUACCCUCUGGAACUUCGUUGUCGUUUCAUAAAAUGCCUAUUUGUGUAAAAGCUUUACGAUUUUUGUGUUGUAAAUCGUUAAAAAAGAUAAGUAAAAAAGAGUGUUUGCCGUCAUUAUGCAACGAGGAGAAUCUCGAGUCUACUGAUAAUGAUAAGUUUUGGCUAUUCAAAUGGAUUCCUUCGCUUUCAGUUCUUUUUCUGCAGAAAAAGGAUUUAAGCAGCCUCCAACCACUUUGCUUUCCUGUCCAAUCAAAAAUGACUUAUCCACCAGACAACUGCUUCUUACAGUUAGGAAAGAGUAGUCACUUUUCCAAUCAUCAAAUCAUUACUUCUAAUCACAAAGAUGUCUUUAUUGUUCAACCACAAAUUUAG